AGAGCUUGCGCUGACGCGAGGCCUGGACUGUGUGGAACCGGAUGAAGAGCAAUGAACUCUCUAGAACAAGCGGAAGAUUUGAAGGCUUUCGAAAGGAGACUAACGGAGUAUGUAUCCUGUCUGCAGCCAGCUACAGGCCGGUGGCGAAUGAUUUUAAUCGUGGUGUCAGUUUGCACAGCAACCGGAGCUUGGAACUGGUUAAUAGACCCAGACACCCAAAAGGUGUCCUUCUUUUCAUCUUUAUGGAAUCAUCCGUUUUUCACCAUCAGCUGCAUCACUCUCAUCGGCUUGUUCUUUGCCGGAAUACACAAACGUGUCGUCGCACCAUCGAUUAUCGCUGCACGCUGCCGGACAGUGCUAGCAGAAUACAACAUGUCCUGUGAUGAUACGGGGAAACUUAUCCUAAAACCACGGCCUCACAUCCAGUAGCUGAUAUGGAGCUGAAUUUCCCCCCCCAAUCCGGUUUUGUUUGAAGAAUAUAACUGCUACCUUUUUAAACACCCCUCCCACACACACACUUUUACUUUACACCAUACAUUAAGUGUCUGUACUUCUAAUCCUGUUCUUUUAUUGUGUACCCCGUGGGAACUGUUUGCUAUUUUCAGCAAAUGGCUUAACACAGUAAUUUAUGAAAACACACAGAUCUCUUAGAGAACUUUAUACAUCUGAAAGAGACUCUGUUAGAAUCAGGAGGUUUUGUACCAUAAAUGUCAUUGCGUAACUAUAACUACAUCUUUACAGAGAAGAGUCUUUUAAAUUGUAGAUACGAUUCCCUGAAUUUGAUUUUAUGCAUGUAUACAUUAUUUAAAACCAGACGUGCUGCUUUGUUUUCUAUAUUUGUAGGUUUUGAAAUUAUCUUUCUGAUAUCAAGAAUAAAACGGCGUCCUUUUUGUGAUCAUGUCGUAUACGUCGAGUCGGAGUGAGUUCAUGUCUUACAGCUCUGUGGAUUUUGUAAAAACUCCUACAGUAUUAAAUAUUCAGUGCAAAAUUGUAGCAUCUAAUCAGCUACUUCCAAUUUUCCAAGAUUCUUAUUAAAUUAUUAAUGAA